CCUGUAAGUACUAAGCAGAAGCAUCGACUGAUCGAUCAAUUGAUCCCUUGAGAGAGAGAGAGAGAGGGAGAGCAAUCAGCAAUGGAAGGAGUGGAAUCGGAGCCCACUCGGAUAAUGAUUGCAGUGAACGGGUCUUCAAUCAAAGGUUAUCCACAUCCGUCGAUUAGCAGCCGCUAUGCAUUCGACUGGACUCUCCAGAAGAUCGUCCGCUCCAACUUCUCCGGCUUCAAGCUCCUAUUCCUCCAUGUUCAAGUCCCUGACGAGGAUGGAUUCGUUGACAUGGACAGUAUUUAUGCAUCGCCUGAAGAUUUCCGUGAUAUGGAAAACAGAGACAAGAUUAGAGGGCUUCACUUGUUGGAAUACUUUGUCGGGAGGUGUCAUGAAAUUGGGGUUCCUUCUGAAUCAUGGAUCAAGCACGGCGAUCCCAAGGAAGAGAUUUGCCAUGAGGUGAAGCGAGUAAGGCCUGAUCUUCUGGUUUUAGGAAGUCGUGGGCUUGGCCCUUUUCAAAGGGUGUUUGUUGGAACUGUGAGCGAAUUUUGUGUAAAGCACGCAGAAUGCCCUGUGGUUACGAUCAAACGCAAGGCGGAUGAGACCCCAUCAGACCCUGUUGAUGAUUGAAAGUUCCCAAUCUUUACUCAAAUUUGUAAUAUUUUUAGACAAUAUUACAUGUUACAUGACAAACACAACCAUACAUUUCAAAAAAUGAAAAACAGAAUAGAGCUUUUUGAUGGAAAAAGCUACAGAUCGGUUUCAUGAAGAGUGGCAUAUGAAGGAGCUUCUUUUUCUC